AUGGCCUCUCCCGUCGACGCCCUCGACGUUGACUUCGACAACGACCGCGACACGGAUGUGUCCGUAUCCCACUCCCACUUCGCCACAACCGCAUCGUCUCAUGGCGACGACGACAUGAAAGGCAGCGAUGGUUGGCGCCUCGCCAGCGACGCGUCCACCGCGUCGAGCAGAGUCACGACGCCCGACCCGGUGCCGCCGCCGCCGCCGCGAGCGUCGCUGCCAGGCAUUCUUCGAGCGCCCUUCGCAGGUCGAGUGCUUGACCUGCCAGCGCCGCCUGUUCCUCCGCCGCCAGCAGGCAUCUUUCAGCCUGGUUACCCGACCAAGUCGUCCGGCGCCGAGUUCCCUCCCCGACCCGUCGAUGAUGAUACAGAUACCCGCGACUGCAGCACACCACAGUAUCGGCAACCGGCCGAAUCGAACCAACUACCACCGCCCUAUCUUCCCCCGCCUCCCUUUGCUCGAUACGGGACGAGAUUUACGGACGAGCACGGCCCCAUGCCGCCGCCUCCGCCGCCGCCUCCCACCGUUCCAAUUUUGAAUCAACUAUAUGGUCUGUCUGGCCUUCCCCAGGGGUCUUUGUCGAGCUCGCUGCCUCUGCCUCGGACCAAUCCUACGGCUCUCACGUUUCAGCAGACACGGUCUCUAAACAGCGCCACAACAAACGGAGGGGAGCCGCGUCGUCCUCAAAGUCGGAGCGAAUAUUCCGAUUCUUCGCUGUCAUCGAGGCAGCGGCUCGAAGACACAUCAUGGAGCUCCGACUCAUCGUCGCAAGAGGAUCCUGUCGCCUAUCGCAAUGCCCGCCAGUUCCCUCCCUCGUUUCCCGCGCCUCCGAAGAGCUUCCCGUCAGUACCGCGGAGCAGGUCCCUAGCGACGAACCGCAUCAAGAGUUGGGUCUCUCAAUACGAAAAAUCACAGAGCCCUAUGCGUACGCGAUCGGACGGCACCGGAUUGAGCAAGGAUGCCGGGGAGGCGCCCUCGCCGGAUAUCGAGUCCGUGGCCUCGGACGUCUCAUCAUACGCAGAGGUAGAGCUUCUGUGGCAGCAGCUCAAGGAAAAGAGGGCACGGCUCGGUGAGAUUAAGGCGCAAAUGGCCGAGCGGCGACAAGAGCUGCGACGCUUGCGACGCCAGCGGAACGAUGCGGAUAAUGCGUUUAUGAGCCUCAUCCGCCCCAUGCUCGUGAGCCAACGCGGGAUACUCCAGACCUCGAUUCGGGUACUGGACAGUCGGGUGGCCGACAUGCAAGACUUGCGAGACGAGUAUCACGCCCGAGAAUCAGACUACGAGACCCUUGAACAGAUGAUGGACGACGAAGAAAAACAGCUCAAUGGCCUCGAGACGCGAUUCUUUAGUCUACUGGCUGCUGGACAAACCAAAGCACAUCGGGCACCAAGAUCUAUCACCUCCGAGGACUCGCUCGACAAGACGCCCGACUUACCGAUCGAGUUGCGUGGCAUUGCUGCGGACAAAGCGCUUGAAGAUGUCCAUCCUCUCUACGUGAAGCUCACGUCUGCAGUGGGCGACCUGGAGAAUGCGAGGGAAGAGCUGGAGGACUUGUUUUACGUGAACCACCAGUACGAGUUCGAGGCCGAGCUCAAGAAAACAACAGGAAAGUCGACCACACAAGACAUGGAGGAGUUUUUCGAAGAGUUUCCCGCUGAGGAAGCGAGGAUGAGGGGCGAGGUCGCCAAGUUGGAAAACAGGGUCCGACAUCUCAAGAAGGCUUGCGAGGAUAAGGGCGUCAUGCGCAAACAUAUGUCGCUGCGCAUGGCGUACGCAUUGGAUCCGAACACCAAGUUCGACGACAUGGAGCUCGACGAUGAGAGUUCGAUUCUUGCAAAGCACAAGUCACUGGCCCAUGACGUGUUCCCGGAGCUCGUAUCGCAACCCAACCACGUCUUGGCUGAGCCUGAGCCGCAGACGUCGCUGAAGGCCUACACGACGGCUGCGGCCCUACCCGACGACGAUCCUCAAAAGCGAGACAGGCAGCGGCUGGCCGCCAAAGAAUAUUCUAUCGACAGUUUUGCCCGCGGGCAAGACGGUGGAGGCACAGGCGACUUUGUGAACCGGUGGCUGCUUCAGCAACUGAGGAUGUCGCGGCUCAACGUGCAGCUCCUCCACUCGACCUUCAUCUCGAGCCGGUCGCUCAAGAUUCGGAACCUUUGGCGAUGGCAACACGAUGUCAUAUUCUAUUGGUGGCGUGACAAUACGGUGGACUUGACGGAGGGCGAGGAUCCAGGCCAUCGCUUCACCACCCUCGGCUCUGACUACUCGUCGCGGCUAGGGACCCCAGAGAUGUCAAGGGCAGCAUCGGACGGACAGGUCGGCCGGCCGCCACGCGCCUUGCAUCGCUUCGACAGCGACGACGCAAUUACAGUGGGCGGCUGA